CUUGAUUGUACCUCGGUCGAGGUAAGUAGGGCAGCUUACCAGUGCGUCUCUGUAAUGAAGUUCGGUGAGGCGUUGUGGCAAAUCAGCAAGAGCAACAUCAAUGAAUUGUUUUUAAGACUGCAUUUGUAAAGGAAGUCAUCUGCCUCUGCUGCAUGCACCAUCUUGACCAUGGCAGGUGUAGAAGAAGCGAUUGGUCGUCCACCCGAUCAGAAGGAGUUCAAUGUGGCCACGCCACAGGAGUUUGUCAAGAAAUUUGGAGGAAAUAAAGUUAUCACAAGGAUUCUCAUUGCAAACAAUGGUAUUGCUGCAGUCAAAUGUAUGCGCAGUAUUCGCAAAUGGGCAUAUGAAGUGUUCAGAAAUGACCGGGCCUUUCAUUUCAUUGGGAUGGUCACUCCUGAAGACUUAAAAGCGGGAGCUGAGUACAUCAAGUUGGCGGACACAACUGUGUGGGUGCCUGGUGGAGCAAACAACAACAACUAUGCCAAUGUGAAACUCAUUUUGGAUAUAGCACUUCGCUAUGAAGCUGAUGGAGUCUGGGCAGGAUGGGGCCAUGCCUCAGAAUACCCUGAUUUGCCAGCAAAGCUGCAUAGAAACGGCAUUGCGUUCAUAGGACCCCCAGAAAAAGCUAUGUGGGCUCUGGGAGAUAAAAUUGCUUCGAGCAUUGUUGCCCAGACAGCAGAAAUUCCAACCUUGCCUUGGUCUGGCUCAGGUGUCAAAGCCCAGCAUAAUGGCUUGGACUCAAAUGCAACUUUAAAGAUCCCACGAGAGCUAUACAAAAAAGGGUGCGUGGAGGAUGCAGAGGAAGCACUCAAGGCAGCCCAGAAGAUUGGAUUCCCAGUCAUGAUUAAGGCCUCUGAAGGAGGAGGAGGAAAAGGCAUUCGCAAGGCUGAAUCUGAAGACAACUUUCCAGCCUUGUUCAGACAGGUUCAAGCUGAGGUUCCUGGUUCUCCUAUAUUCAUUAUGAAGCUGGCGCAGUGUGCUCGCCAUUUGGAAGUGCAGAUUAUUGCUGAUGUCUAUGGUCAUGCUAUCUCCCUCUUUGGUCGAGACUGUUCAGUCCAAAGACGUCACCAGAAGAUUAUUGAGGAAGCUCCCUGUGUCAUUGCCAAUCCUGAUGUUUUUCACAAGAUGGAGCAGGCUGCUGUAAAACUGGCAAAAUUGGUAGGUUAUGUUAAUGCCGGUACUGUAGAAUACCUGUAUGACAAUGAUGGGAACUUUUACUUCUUGGAACUGAAUCCCAGACUGCAGGUGGAGCAUCCAUGCACAGAGAUGAUCACAGAUAUCAACCUUCCAGCAGCCCAGUUACAGAUUGCAAUGGGUAUUCCUUUGCACAGAAUAAGAUGUGUACGAGCUCUUUAUGGAGAGUCUCCAUGGGGUGAUUCAGUCAUAAACUUUGAUGAACCCAAGAGGAAACCUGUACCAAAAGGUCACUGUAUUGCUGCUCGUAUUACAAGUGAAAACCCAGAUGAAGAUUAUGCAGAUUCACAGUUUGGUCAUUGUUUCUCAUGGGGAGAGAACAGGGAAGCUGCAAGAGAGAAUCUGGUCAUAGCACUAAAGGAACUGUCUAUCCGAGGAGACUUCAGAACAACUGUAGAAUAUCUUGUAACUCUUCUUGAGACAGAUACAUUCCAACAAAAUUCCAUUGAUACUGGCUGGCUUGACCACCUGAUUGCUGCCAGAGUGCAGGGCAAGAAACCUGACACCAUGAUGGCAGUUAUGUGUGCUUCAGUUCUUAUUGCAGACAACACCAUCCAGGAUGCCUUUAACCACUUCCAGAAUUCCCUAGAAAAAGGUCAGGUCCUACCCCUGAAGUCCCUGACCAAUGUUGUCGAGGUUGAUUUGAUCUCUGAAAGUAUAAAGUAUCAUGUAAAAGCCACAAAGUCUGGUCCAACACAGUACUUCUUAGUGCUCAAUGGAACCCACAAAGUUGUUGAUUUCUUCCGUAUGAGUGAUGGUGGGCUCCUCUUGUCACUUGAUGGGGUUAGUCAAGUUACUUAUCUCAAGGAUGAAGUGGACAAAUACCGUCUCACCAUUGGACACCAGACAUGUGUUUUUGAUAAGGAAAAUGAUCCAACUGUUUUAAGAACCUCUGCUCCUGGUAAACUUAUAAACUACUUGCAAGAGGAUGGCAGUCAUAUGUUUGUUGGGCAGGCAUAUGCAGAGAUUGAGAGUAUGAAGAUGGUCAUGGCUCUGACAGUGUCCGAGUCAGGGUGUGUGUUCCACCUUAAACGGCCUGGAGCAAUUCUCAAUGCUGGCGACACCAUUGCUCGCCUAGAGCUUGAUGAUUCAUCCCGCAUCACCAGGGCCCAGGCCUUCACUGGAGGCUUCCCUCCAAGCAAAACUCCACUGCCAAGAGAAGAUGAAAAGCUGAACCACAUUUACCAUACAUGCAGAGCUGUGCUUGAUAAUAUUCUAAGUGGAUUUUGCCUCCCUGAUGAAUUUUUCACAUCAAUGGUGAAAGAAACUGUGCAAAAAUUGAUGUGUGUCUUACGAGAUCCCAACUUACCCCUCUUGGAACUGCAGGAGGUCAUUUCAUCAAUUUCUGGGAGAAUACCACAAGCAGUAGAAAAGAAGAUUAGAAAAUACAUGCUGAUUUAUGGUAGCAAUGUCACCUCCAUGUUAGCACAGUUUCCCUCACAGGAGAUUGCCAGUGCAAUUGACAGCCAUGCAGCAUCUCUCCUAAAGAAAGACCGUGACGUUUUCUUCGUUACAACGCAAGGGUUGGUGCAACUCUGCCAGCGGUACAAGAAGGGCAGUCGAGGCCGCAUGACUCAGGUAGUUCAAGAAAUGCUCAAGACUUAUUUGCAGGUGGAAACUCAGUUCCAACAUGGUUCAUAUGACAAAUGUGUUCAUGGACUGAGAGACAAGAACAAGGAUGAUAUGGCCAGUGUCCUUUCUACAUUAUUCUCACACUCACAAGUAGCAAAGAAGAAUCAGAUGGUCAUUCUUCUGAUUGAGCAUCUAUGUGGUCAUGAGCCAGGGAUCACAGAUGAUUUGUCAGCCAUUUUGGAGCAGCUGACCAAGCUCAACAGCUCAAAGCAUUCUCGUGUUGCACUACGAGCACGUCAAGUGCUGAUAGCAGCCCACCAGCCUGCAUAUGAACUCCGCUACAACCAAAUGGAGUCCAUCUUCCUUCCUGCUAUAGAUAUGUAUGGACAUUCCUUCCAUCCAGAAAAUCUCCAAAAACUCAUUUUGUCUGAGACUUCAAUAUUUGAUGUCUUGCAUGCUUUCUUCUACCAUACAAACACAGCUGUGCGUAUGGCUGGCUUGGAGGUUUAUGUUCGACGUGCAUACAUCAGCUACGAACUGACUUGCCUGCAGCACAAGGAACUUUAUGGUGGAGUUUGUGUAGUGUUCUUCCAGUUCCUGUUGCCAUCUUCCCAUCCAAACAGAAUUCCUCACAAUAAGGUGUGGAGUACCCUAGAGUACACAGACCCACACCACACCCCCAUCGAUCCUCCAACCAAUCUUGAAAACUGUCAGCGCAUGGGCAUCAUGGCAACCUUCAAGACCUUUGAGGAGUUUGAGAUCUAUUUCAGCGACCUAAUGGACUUCUUCCAGCCUGCAGAACAUGGUGUGCUGGAGGGAGAAUUAAGUCCCCGGGAUCACCUUAGCAGUUCCAUAAAAUUGGGAUCUUCUUUCAGUGACUUCAUUGGUGAACACAAGGAAGCCAAAGACCCAAUCCACAUCAUGAAUAUUGGCAUUCGGAUGGAGGAUGAAAAGGAUGAUUCAGAGCUAAGUGAACAGUUUGCCAUCUUCUGUGCAAGCAAGAAGAAGGAGUUCCAUGAAGCAGGCAUCCGGCGAAUCACCUUUGUCAUCUUCUACAAGCAGCAAUUCCCAAGAUAUUUCACUUACAGACCUAGACAUCUGUUGAAACACAUUGCCAAACCCCUUGACCCAAGGUCGAGAGAUGAAUUCCAAGAAGACAGGAUCUACCGUCACUUGGAGCCUGCUCUGGCCUUCCAGCUGGAAAUUAACCGUCUCCGUACAUAUGAUCUGGAAGCACUGCCUACAUCAAAUCGCAAAAUGCAUUUGUAUCUGGCUAAAGCAAAGGUGGCAGAUGGGCAAGAGGUUACUGAUUUCCGCUUCUUCAUCCGCUCAAUCAUCCGCCACUCAGACUUGAUCACCAAGGAGGCAUCCUUUGAAUACUUGGAGAAGGAGGGAGAGAAGCUGCUCCUUGAGGCCAUGGAUGAGCUGGAGGUGGCAUUCUCGCACCAGCUGGCAAAGAGGACUGACUGCAAUCAUGUGUUCCUCAACUUUGUGCCAACGGUCAUCAUGAACCCUUCAAAGAUUGAAGACUCCAUAAGAUCCAUUGUGAACCGCUAUGGUCGUCGCCUGUGGACUCUGCGUGUGCUUCAAGCAGAGAUCAAGAUGACCAUUCGUCAAACUCCUCAGAGCAAGACUAUUCCAAUUCGUCUGACUUUAUCCAAUGAGUCUGGCUAUUACUUGGACAUGCACUUAUAUCGAGAGGUUACGGACAAGCUCACUGGUCAGAUCAAGUUCGAGGGCUUUGGGGCUCGGCAGGGACCCCUCCAUGGUCUUCCCAUCUCCACUCCCUACAUGACGAAGGACUACCUCCAGCUUAAGAGGUUCCAAGCACAAACCAACGGCACAACAUACGUGUACGACUUCCCAGAGAUGUUCCGACAGGCCCUGGAGAGGGUAUGGGAAGAGUACUUGACAGAGAGGGGUGGAGGUGAAGUCCCAAGUCAUUUAAUGAGCAUAGUUGAGUUAGUUUUGGAUCAAGAGGACCAGCUGGUAGAGGAGAAGAGGUUGCCAGGAGAGAAUAAUAUUGGUAUGGUUGCCUGGCGGAUGACAUUACAUACACCAGAGUAUCCUGAUGGCCGUGACAUCAUUGUCAUCUGUAACGACAUCACUUACCAAAUUGGAUCCUUUGGCCCGCAUGAGGACAUUUUGUUCCUCAAAGCCUCGCAGUUUGCUAGGCACCAUAAGAUACCAAGGAUUUAUAUUGCUGCAAACUCUGGUGCUCGUAUUGGACUUGCAGAAGAAAUCAAGCAUCUUUUCAGGGUUGCAUGGGAAGAUCCAUCAGAGCCAGACAAGGGCUUUAAAUAUCUGUAUCUGACUCCUGAAGAUUUUAAGAAGAUAUCAGCUCUAGACUCCAUCCAUGCAGAACUCAUAGAUGAUAAUGGGGAGGCUCGGUAUAAAGUCAAUCACAUUAUUGGAAAAGAUGAUGGCCUUGGUGUUGAGAAUCUUCGUCACUCAGGUAUGAUAGCUGGUGAGACAUCACAGGCGUACAGGGAAAUCGCAACCUACUCCAUGGUCACUUGCCGUGCCAUUGGCAUUGGUGCCUACUUGGUGCGGCUGGGACAGAGAGUGGUCCAGGUGGAGUCCUCUCAUAUCAUCCUUACUGGCUUUGGAGCUCUGAACAAGCUACUAGGUCGUGAAGUGUACAGCAGCAACUCACAAUUAGGUGGCGUUCAGAUCAUGCACAACAAUGGUGUUUCCCAUGAUGUUGCACCAAACGACUUAGAGGGAAUCCAUACUAUGUUGCGUUGGCUGUCAUACGUUCCAAAGACAAAGGAUUCUCCACUCCCAAUACUGCCUCCUGUGGAUCCAGUGAACAGAGAGGUGGCUUUUGUGCCAACCAGAGCUCCAUACGACCCCAGGUGGCUGCUUGCAGGACGGGCAUCACCUGCAAAUCAAGCAGAAUGGGAAUCUGGGUUCUUUGACAAAGAUUCUUUCCAGGAAAUUCUCCAACCAUGGGCACAAACAGUCAUAUGUGGCCGGGCAAGAUUAGGUGGUAUCCCUGUUGGCUGCAUAUGCGUUGAAACAAGAACAGUUGAGCUUAACCUGCUUGCUGACCCGGCCAACCCUGACUCCGAAGCUAAGACGGUAUCACAAGCUGGACAGGUUUGGUUCCCUGACUCUGCCUAUAAGACUUCACAGGCCAUCAAGGAUUUGAAUCGUGAAGGUCUUCCUCUCAUCAUCUUUGCCAAUUGGAGAGGCUUUUCAGGAGGAAUGAAAGAUAUGUAUGAGCAGGUAAUCAAAUUUGGUGCCUAUAUUGUUGAUGCACUGCGGGAGUACAACCAGCCCAUUUUGGUAUAUGUCCCUCCUUAUGCUGAACUACGAGGUGGUGCCUGGGUAGUGAUUGAUCCUACCAUCAAUGAAAGGCACAUGGAAAUGUAUGCUGAUCCACUCUCCAGAGGUGGUGUCCUGGAGCCUGAGGGUACAGUUGAAAUCAAGUUCAAGAGCAAGGACUUGGUGAAAGCAAUGUCACGGUUAGAUGCAACUAUCCACCACUGGAACAGGGCAGUUGCCCAGCCUGAGCUCUCUCCUGAGGAACAAGCUAACAUCAGGAAGAAAAUCAAGGAGAGACAGGAACUGCUAAUGCCUAUUUAUCACCAAGUGGCUGUAACCUUUGCUGACCUUCAUGACACGCCAGUGAGAAUGCAGGAGAAGGGGGUCAUUCAGGGGGUUGUCCCAUGGGUACAAAGCCGUCAAACUCUCUACUGGCGCCUAAGAAGGUUAUUGGCAGAAGAGAGAGUCAAGAAAGAAAUCAGAACUGUCCAGCCUGAGUCUUCAGAUGGUCAGAUUGAUGCCAUGCUUCGACGAUGGUUCUUUGAGGAGAGAGGAUCUGUUGAGAUUUUACGGCAGACAACAUCCAUACCACAGUUUGCACCAAACAUUCUGGCUGUAUUUAGAUGGCUCCUUUGGUUACUGCUCUCGCUGGUUGCCAUCCUUGUUCCAACUCGGGUCCAGCGCGCAUUUGCUUCCUUUAACCCUCCUCCACCACUCAUGAGCUACCUCUGGGACAGCGACAAGGCAGUGGCUGAGUGGGUGGACCGGCAGAUGGAGGGUGCCUCUCCUGCUGGCACUCCCCCUGCCAGCGAGGGUUGCUCCACAUACCUGCUGGAGAACCUGCAGCUCAUGAAGAGAGAUGCAGCCAUUUCCAGGGUCAAGGAUGUCAUGAAGGAGUUCCCUGAAAUAGCCAUGGACACCAUUGUGCACAUCAUCAGACGCAUGUCACCAGCCCAGCGUGCUGAGACCAUGAAGGCGCUGACCAACAUGGACCUAAUUAGCCAGCAGGCUGAGCCAGUCACCACACCUGACCCUCAAGAGAACUCAAACUGACACUUGUUGUGGCGGUAGUAAUCCCGUACUACUGGCCACAUCCACCCCCUGGUCACACUGACUCAUUGUGCAGGCCCUUCCUAGCUGCCAUUGCCAGAAUCCACACUUAAAGAGGAAUUAUUAUAGCUGAAGAUCAUAUGAGGUCUUUUAAAUGGUUUAAGAGAUAGAUUAAAAUGUAGACUUUUUUAUGAAUAUUUACAGAAAAAGGGAAUCAGCCAUAUACUUUUCAAAAUAUGCUAUUUUUUUAGAGAAAUUCAUAAUAAGAAACAUGAUUAUGAGAGGGAGAGUGUCAAGAGAAAGUAUAUUGUUAUUUGGUAUCGCUAACAUACUGCACACCAUUUUUCACUUGAUAAAGCUGUAAAAACAGAAGAAACAAUAUAUUUGAUAUGAAUAAGGGCUAGUAUGGUUCCAUAUAUAUGAAAUAGCAAGUAGCAUAAUGAAUAGAUAAUGAUAGACUGGCUAUACUUUUCUCUUUGUGAAAGACAAUUUACAUCUUGUAUUGUAAUGAAAACAUCCCUUUUAGAAUCCCUAUUCUUUCCAAUAAAGAUAAUUAUAAAAGAUAUGUAUGGUUGUAAUAAUUACUGUAAUAUUUAAAUCCUUCUGAUUAAUGUUCUCUUUCUAUGCAGGAGAUCCCCUUUAUGUAAUCAGAUAUAAAGUGUAGAUUACCUAAUACUUAUUGACAUAUUUAAACAUGUAUGUACUGUAGUCCUCUUUUGUUGAACAGCACUGGCCAGGGGAUGUUGUUCAAUUUUGGCAGUGAGGGAUUUUGUGGACUUGUAGGAGAGUGUGUGUGCAGGAUAUGGUUUGUUGCCUUUUGACUUGUGGCGGAAUGCUUAGCCUAACCCCACCUCCAACCUUAUAAUUUGGUUAGUGCUGGUUGGAGUUGGAAAUUUGAAUGAAUUUCAGAAGCACUGCAUGAAUACACAUGGUUUUCACUUUAGAGGCAAGAGAUGUUGUUGUGUCACAGCGAUAACAGUUUAUUAGUAUUUGGAUUUCAAGGUUUCACACGUAAUUUUCAUAGAAAAAUUGGUGCAUAAAAAAAUCACAAAAGCAAAAAUGACUAUGAUAAACUACAGCAUAUUGUUGUGGUUGGGUUUUUUCUAUGUAUCUAAAAGAAAAAGAAAAAAAAUCAAAGCCAUUGCUUCUCCCAAAUGAUGAAUAUUGAAAUUCACUUAGUUAUGAUUUUUACUUUCAUAAUUUUCAUGAGCAUAUUAAUAUUACUUCAAUUUUUAUUGUAAUCAUUGAUCAGAUGUUAUACUCUUUUGCUAUGGCUGGAAUUUAUGGUUGUUUUCGAAAAUUUGAAUCUUGAUUUAUAGCAAUUUUUGUGAAAGGAAAAGUUUUUGAAAGUUAUAUACCGAAGUCCAAGGUAAUGUUGGUUUAUAAGACUUUGAAGUUCUGUAGGCAGUCAUAGUUAAAGUGUUGAAGGAUAGGACUCAUAACAGAUGAAUUAUUAUUACUAGGAUUAAAGUCUGGAAUUGGUCUCUGUUUCUUUUUCUUUAACACAUAUUUUAGAGGUAAUGUUCUUUUUUAUGCUAAUUAGGAAGAAAAUGUUUCUUAUGAUUAUGUCUUGACUUUUUUUUUGUUUUGUUUACAAGUAGGGAGAAAUAUAAGAUCCCACUAGGCAUUGUGUUUACUGUGUCUCACAGAUGUUUUGCAAUUUUGACCUGUAACAGCACAGUCCUCUUCUGCAUGCAUAAUAGACUAGAUGGAUUCAGUUAAAUACUGGUUACCACGUUUGCUAUUUGAAUGAAUACAUAGCCAACAUUAUUCAGGGAUUUUGUUUUAAAAAUAGGAACAUAUUGACUUAGUGUCUUUUCUUCUAUGGUAGCUACCAAAAAUAAUGUCACAAAGUUCAAGAUAUACUCUUAGAAUUCGUUCUUACUGUGUCUUUAUUUUGUUAUUUUUCUAUUAUGUACUUCUUGUAUAACUUGGAUGCAUUAGUACUAGAUGAAGUUGUAAAUAUUCUGUGAAGAACAUCAGACAUUAUUUUAUGAAUGAUAUGUAAUUGUGUGACUUUUGUAAAGUAAUUGUUGAAAGGAUAUAUAAAUUAUACACAUUGUAAUUUAAUAUAUUGUUUAGUGUAAAUAUAAGAUACUGCUAUUUCAA